AUGGUUCGUUCACCUCCUCGGUACUACGAAGACGCAUCCGAGACAUCGGCAUGUUAUUACCCUCCGGACAAUAUGGGUCCGUACCUGUCAUCAUCGUACAACCAACGCACUGCUCCAAAGAAGAAAGAGCGCUCAAAACUCAUGCGUCGACUGGUUCCGCUCCUUUGUGGUCUUUUAGUGUUGGGUAUCGUCAUCGUAAUUGUGGCAGUGACUUUGAGUUCCGAUUCCGACGAUGCAUCAAACACUGACAGUGGAGGAAAUUCCACUUCAGCUUCGUCAACACUUCCGUCGUCUUGCUCCCCUGUAGAUUCGAAAGACCGGACGGUGGCGUUCUGGCAGAGCGAAGUGGCCGGUUGUGAUACCGUCCCAGACGGCGUCACGCACGUCGUCUUCGGCUUCGCUCUCGUCGCUGACGGGGUCAUUGUGCCAACAUUCCAGACCUCCGAUGCGACCAUCACUCAGUGUGUGGAGAAGCUUCGUGAACGCUGUAUACUAACGAUGGGAAGUAUCGGAGGGUCCACAAAUAACGACAACAUGUCGGCGGUUGCGAAUGCCACGCUGUUUGCCGAAUCAGCGGCCGCCUUGAUGACUAAAUUCGGGUUUGACGGACUGGAUCUUGAUGACGAGACUGUUGGAUCACAGUUUAGUGCCAAUCGAACAGUGGGAUUGCUGAAGGCUACACGAGAAGCGCUUGAUGCGACCGGUAGCACCUCGGCUCUGUUGACGUACGAUGCGUAUUUCUAUGAAGGGGAUGCGUCGGUGUGCUCAGCGGAAGAGACAGCAGCGUACUCGAGAUGCUUCCCGUCUGGCGUGUUGGACUAUGUGGACUGGGUCAACAUCAUGGCGUACAAUGUGAACUUGGACAAUGCCACUGCUGCAGCGAUAUAUGCUGCUGCUGUAAGUACGACGUUCGCUGCGUGGGGUACACAACUCGGUGGGAACUUCUCACUGGCUACGAUCGGUCUGUGCGUGGGCGGAGGGUGCGCAUACGGCCCUGGACCAAAUACUACAGUUAUUGCAGAGUGGGAAACGUUUAGUCGGCAAGAAGGAUAUGGAGGUAUGAUGAUUUACUCAGCGUCAGCUGAAGUGGCCGACGAUUAUCCUGCUACUCGGAGUAUUGUUAGUGCGACGGCAUAA